AUGCUAAUACUGGAUUCAAACUCUAGAUUUAUUCUAAAAUUAAAUAGCAACCCUCUAAUAUUACAAAACAUCUAACCACUCUUAUCACAAUUUCAGACUAAAAACUACAUUUUGAGAUACAAAUUUUCUCAAUGUUUAGAUCCUACUUACGCCAGGAAGGAGUAUUUAACAGGCAUGAAUAUUAAUUUUAGACCUAUUAACUGGGGAGGCAAGCUUAAUGAUCGAAGUGAUUAGUAUAAGUGGCAUCUCACUAGACCUCAAGGUCUCUCAUAAUUUGCAGAACAAGUUUCUAAUCCUUUGAAAUAUACUCAUAAUUACUCAGCUAGACCCAAUGAAGUUUAGUGGAAGGAUAUAAAUUUCUCAAAUUAGUACUAAUAUGUUCUGAUAAAUUACAAACUUCUAUUAAUUACGCUCGAAAAUUCAGAGCCUUGGUUACUUUACAAAGAAUUUAAUGAAAUUGACAGGAGGAGUAGAAUAAUCUCUUAAUACUUUGAUCAGUAAAAUUUGAUUAAAAUAUGGGCCAACAUCCAUGACUUAAAGAAUCCUAACUUAUAAAACACAUUCAAAAUAAAUUUUGAAUAAAAUUAAGAGGAUUUCAUCCUACUACUUUAAAAAGGUUAGAGAUAGGAAGAAAGCACUCUCUCAUUGGCUAAAAUUACUUUAUUCUUAGAUGUGGGUCUUCAUUUUAAAUCUUAAUUGUACCUGAUCUAAUCACUUACUUCUCUUUUAUAGACUAGAAAACAUUAUUAAGUUAGAAUUUCUCUCAAUGAUGUAACUCAAUCUAAUCCUCUAGCCUAUAGUUAAAUCUAUAAUUGCAUUUAAAAAUAGAAUGGCUAAAGUGAUCUAACUCUCAAAAUUUUGCUCUCUUUCUUCAAUGGAAACUUUAGGCCUUUUGAUUUCUAUUGCGAUCUUGAGACUGAAAAUACUAAUCUCUAGAGUAAUGCAGAAAAUGCUUGCCAAAAAUACAGGAUUUGUGAUCUCCCCUUGGUAAUGAUUAAUGAUACUAUUUUUGAUUCUUCGGAUCUAAGAAAUCAUUUGAAUAUUUACAAUCAUGAUAAUAAUCUCAAUAAUUUCUUCAAUCACCUCAUUAUAUCUAAAACUUAAGAAGAUAACACAGUAAUACCUACCUCUUCUGAGGAACUUGUGACUGAUUCAUUUAACUUAGACCUUAAAAACAUUCAAAGCAUUUAAGAAAUUAAAAAUCAACCUAGAUUGAGAUGUAGAGAAUUUAGCCAAUUAUCAAACUAAAAUUUGUCAAUAUUAGUUACCCUCAUCAAUCAUGGCUAAAAGAUUUUUGAUUAAAAUGACAUUGAGAUGCUAGAGAAAAUUAAGUCUGAGUAGUCUUAAUUUGAUUAUGUUAUAAUAGAUAAGAAUGUAUAGAAUGUAGAAAUUGUAGGUUUUUUACAGUCAGGUUAAGAUUUUUAUGCAUUUAUCAAUGGAAUUUACAUACCUUAGCAUUAAUUCAACUAUCAAUAUCUAAAUUACUUGAUAGAGUAUGAGAACUUUAAAUUAGAUUCGAUUUUAAAUUAAGUACAAACUUUAGACAGUCACUAAAUUGGCACUCUAAAAUUAAUCACAGAGAUAAAUUUUAACAGAUUCCUUGAUAAUGAUAUUGAUUCAAACAAAAGAUCUGAAAUUUAUAUGGAGUUUGAAAAUCUAAGAUAAUAGAAAUCUUUACAACUUCAUUCUUCACCAGGUCUUGAUCCCUAAACAAAGGAGCUAAGAAUUUUAGCUAAACUUAAUUUCUUAUCGAGAGAAUCAGUCAGCUUUGUUACUAACUUAGCCUAACAAAACUAUGCCUUUUCAAGUCUAGAUAUAUAUCCAAAUUUUAACUUAUUGAGGGAAGAUUUUAUAAGAUUUUUACCAUAUCACAAUUUCAGAUAAUUUAGUGGACUUGAUCCUAAAAAUAAUCAACUUAUACACAUUUAAGAUUUUAUCAUGGAUAGGAGAUUUAGAUAUGCUUAUGUAGAAUUACUACCACCUCAUAAUUAUAACUUUGUUAUUGAAAAGCUGUCUAGAAUGAAUAGCUACUUCAAAGAAGAUCAAGAAACACCAGUAAUUGGAUAUAACCUUACUUUAGAAAUUGAAAUGUAGUUUUUGUAUAAAUUGAAGGAGGAGGAGUUCUUAGAUAUUGAUUUCAAAUUAGUCUAAUUUUAAAAUAUGUAUAAAUUGAGGGAGAAAAAUUAAGUGAGUGCAGUUGUCAGUUAGGAUUUUAAAAUGGGCACUGAAUAUUUCACAAGCAUUGCUGGCUUGACAAAAGUUAAUAGAGUAUCAAAAAUGCUUGAUCAGUUUUACUACUUAAGGGGAAGUGGCCCUGGAAGAUACUAUAUUUAGAGAGAAAAUACAUCAGAAAUAAUCAUUGUAGAUUUUAACGAAUUUGGAAAUUUUUAGAUUAAAGAUCUUACUUUCCUAAAUUAAAAACUAGUUCCUUUACAAAAUAAUAAUAAUACACUGAUGGCAUUAAAUUCUUUAAAAAAUGAUAAAGAAUACGUAAGCAUAUAUUAUCAAGUUGCUGGAAGUGAAUAUGAGACUCUAUUAUUGCAUUAAAUCUACUAGAUAGUAGCUGAAAAUAUGCAUUAGCUAAACUAUAAAUUCUAUUUUGUUGAAAAUACUUUUAUCAGCCCAGACUUUAAGAAGCAUAUCAAAGCGCUUCAAUAAAAUUUUAACUUUGAAAUAGAAUAUUUCAACUUUGCUUGGCCUUACUAAAUUAUGAGAAAGCCGAAAGCCCCCCAAACCAAUAAAGUGUUUUAUAGAAUUCUUUUCCUCGAUUAGAUGAUUGAAGGUUAGACAGGAAAGCAAGCUAAAGUAUUAUAUAAGGAUGCAGAUUAAUGCUAAAAUCCUGAAACAGAUUUAAGUGAAUUAUUUAGAGAAAAUCUUGGGAAUCAUUCUUAUGCUUUGGCACCAUAUGGCUAUGACUUCAUGACUUUGUAAGAGUAAAUGGAGCUUUCAGAAUAUCUAGGGAUUCCUCAUAAUAAAACUGAUUGGUAAAAAGCUAGAAGAAUGUAGUACUUCUAUUGCGGAGGUCUAUUCAUAGCUGAUAUAGAUAGAUUUGUUGAGAGCGGAGAUUUAGAUAAAAUGAGAAGAUAUUUCAACUAGAUAAGGGUGAAUAAGGAAGUAAACUACGAGGUUAAUGAUUAACAGAUAAUGAAUGAUGUUAAGAAAUAGGUGCCCAUCAAGUUGAUUUCAUGGAAAUGGGUUUGGACUAAUAUUUUGUACAAAGACUAUGGAAAUAAAAUGAGGGAGGCAGCAAAGGUUAUUGAUUUCCACGGAUCAGUUUUUUCAGGAAAGUAAUCUACAAAAUUAGAUAAGGCUUAGUCUUUAUGCCAAAAUUUUGACAGCAACUUCUAGUAAUUAAAAUAGCUCAUAAAAUAGUACGAAUAGUAACAGCUUAAAAGAGAGAAUGAUUGA